CCCCCUCUUUUUGCACUGGGCCUCUGGAAAAAGCCAUGAAUUUUGAAUUUGAGAGGGAGAUAGGCUUCAUAAACAGCCAGCCAUCGCUAGCGGAGUGCCUGACGUCCCUUCCUGCUGUCCUGGAGACAUUUCAAACUUCAUCAAUCAAGGAACCACCGACGUUAAUUCCUCCUCCUUUGGAACAAACCCUCCUCGGCUUGCAUCCUUGUUCCAGCAGCCAGCCUUCUCCGCCAAGGAGCCAAAAGAAAGCAAGGCAUGGGCAGGCCCAGAAAAUCACGUUCCAGCCUUCUGCUCUGGGUGGAGAAUUCCCCUGGAUGAAGGAGAAGAAAUCUUUUAAGAAAGCUAACCAGGUCCCUGCCUCUUUGUCUCCCUCCUCUUCUGUGCCUGGAUUUGUCCCUGCUUCUCCUGCAGACACGUGUUUGGACCACAGCGCAAAAGCUUCCCGACGGCUGAGGACGGCUUAUACCAACACGCAGCUCUUGGAGUUGGAGAAGGAGUUCCAUUUUAACAAAUACCUCUGUAGACCCCGCCGGGUGGAAAUCGCAGCUUUGCUAGACUUGACGGAAAGGCAAGUGAAGGUCUGGUUCCAGAACCGUCGGAUGAAGCACAAGAGGCAAACGCAGCACAGUGCAGAUCACGCCGAAGAAGACCAAGUCAGCAGCCAGAAAACGGGGGAAGCCAAGAACUACAGCUUUUCCUGCAGGGGAGAGCGGAAGACGCCUUCUUCCUACCCAGCCGGCAGCCACAGCAGAGAGAUUCGGAGUGCUUCAGCGCUUUACCCGAUGCUCAGCCAGGGCAGAGCUUCGGCCGCGGAGCUCGGCGGAAUCGCCGACGCUCGCACCAUCUCCUCUUGCUCGUCCUCCUGCUCUGCCUCCUCGCCGGGCGACGGGUUCCCGGAAAGUCAGAGGUCCCCUUUGCUGCCGUUGGACCCGAGUACCUUCUCGGCUAAUUCCUGCCCACAGGCCGCAGGAGAGCUUUCACCCAGCUUCCAGGGCUGCGCAGAUAGCCCUAUAAGUUUCUGCCUAGAAGACCUAGACUUUUUUACCAGCACGCUGUGUGCGUUGGAUUUGCCCCAUUUCAAUUUUCAGUAAUCUUGCGAACCUCCAAUUUAUUAUCUGCCUUGGGUGAUGAACCCCUAUAAAUACAAAGUGUAUGCACAUACCACCCAGUUAAAUGCAGUCAUUUCAAACCAGUUUCAUUUAGCCAUGAAACUCCCCUUUUUCCUCAGUACUUUCUUGGAGAGAAAGGUGCAUCUCUUUAGUGAAAUGAUCACGUUAAAUUAUUUUGAUCAUUUUUUCCAAAGGGAAUUUCAAUAACAUUUAGAUUUCCUUUAUUCUACACCCUCUCGCAAAUGCUUGAUGGAGUAUCUGAGGUCAAGCAGGUGUUAAAAAUAUUAAAUAAUUGUGUAAGGAGGGUAUUUUUUUAGCUCAAGAAAAGAUGCCCUUUAGAAUUUGAAACAUUUCAAACACCAGAUUCUUUUUUCUCCCAUACCAGUAUUUCAACCAUUCCCCAUCUCAUUUUGACAAAAGUAGAUAUUAACAAAUGCAGAACAAGAAGAAAAUGUCCUAAUAAAAUUCUCAGGAACCAAAAUAAGACAUUUAGAUGUCUUAAUUUAA